CACGAGGAGAUCUCCCAGAGAAGGGAACUGGCCAGGCAACGACACGACGUGAGACAAGCAGCCAACAAGAGCACAGAAACCUCUGGGUCAUCUGAUGCUGGAGAAACUUCUAUUUCAGCAUCCCCAGUCACCAGUAGUGUCACAGAUGCUCUGUGUGAACAGACGGUGGCCAAAACGGCACUUGAAGACGAAAGCAAAGAGCAUUUUGUGGCCUUAGCACGAGUCUACAGCAGUGCCAUUGGGAAAGGCCAAAAGGUGUUUAUGCUAGGACCCAAAUAUGACCCAUCGCUCACACUCAAAUCACUGCCUGAGGGUUAUUCGGCAACUGAUGCUUUGCCCACCAUCCCCCACAUGGUCUGCUGUAUAGUGGACAGUCUUUACCUGCUGAUGGGCCACGAGCUGGAAGAACUGGAUGAAGUGCCCUUCCCGGAUGUCCUAGGUAUUAGUGUAAUGGAGGUAUUCAUUCUCAAGCCGGUCACCAUCUCUACGUCUUCAGCCUGCCCGCCCUUCACGCCACUCAACUUCGAAGCCACGCCCAUCGUCAGAGUAGUAGUUGAGCCCAUGCAUCCAAGAAUGUGUGAGAUGCCGUAGUUGGUGCGAGGUAUGAGGUGGUUGAACCAGGGUGACCCAUGUGCAGAGGUGUUGAUACAGGAAACAGGAGAAUAUGUUCUGGUCACUGCAGUUGAAGAGCACCUACAAUGCUGCCUGGAUGAUUUUAGAGAGAGGUUGGCUAAAAUUGAGAUCAGAGCUUCCGAACCUAAAACAUUCCACUAGAUGGUGGUCCAGCUGCCCAAAGUGGACAUGGUUAAUGAGGAGAUGGGAAAGCAACAGAAGGUCGUUGUGAUUCACUAGGUAAAGGAGGAACAAACCAAGAACCCUGAAGGCAUACAGGCGGAUUCCACUGAUCUGGUCAUGCUCACCACCCCUAACAAGAUGGCCACGGUCAGGGUGUAGGCUAUCCCUCUUCCUGAGGAAGUCACCCACCUUCUGGAGGACAAUGUAGAGCUUAUCCACACAAUGGAGCAGUUCAGCCUGUUUACCUGGGAGGGCAAGACACUGGACAUCAACAAGAAAAUUCUGGAGAACAUCCAGGACUUCAGGGUAAAGUUGGAGAGCCACAUGCAAGGCUACAAAUGGAGGGGUACAGUGCAGCAUAUUUGGGCUUUUGGUCCUCGCCGCUGUGGGCCAAAUGUUCUUCUCAACAGCGUUGAGGGUUGCUGGAAGCCUUACCUGUGGCAAUGUCUGGAAGGAGAGAUGGAGAAAGCUGAGGCCACCACACUUAGAGACUUUGACAGCAGCAUUUUUAGUGGCUUGCAGUUGGCCACACUCUCUGACCCCAUGUGCGAAGAACCUUUGAUGGGGGUCUGCUUCUCGGUAGAGACCUGGGACAUGAAGUUAUUCACAUAUCUAGCUAAGCAAGACUCAGUAGAUGAGGACUCAGCUUCUCUAUGUGCAGAGACAAGAAAUUACAAUCAAAGUUUAAGUUCUGAACUUUAAGAUAUGCACAAGACAGACCUGUCAAGGCUCUAAUCAAAACAGGAGCAGAGCAGAGUGGACUGUUAUGUGCCGUUCUCAGGGCAACUCAUUGCUGCUGUGAAGGAUGCCUGCCGAUACACCUUCCAAGCCAAACCUCAACGGCUAAUGGCUGCUAUGUACAUCUGUGAGAUCAUUGCCACUGUUGGGGUCCUAGGUAUUGAUGCACUGAUCCGAUACCUGGAUCGGUAUCGGCUCCGAUACUGA